AUGGAAAUCAAUUAAACAUGCACUUAACAUAUUAAAUAAAGGAUCAGUUGGGUUUGUUUAGAGAAAUAAUGUUAAUAAAGAGUAAUGUGUUCAACAUGUGCAGUCAAAAUUCAUGAGAAAUCACAUAAAGUAAAUUUGAAUUGUAAUUUAAAAAGUUAGAAGAACUUUCAAAUUUAUUAGAAAAUGGAGUUUUAUAAUUAUAUUAAAGUAACAAAAAGAAUGUAAGUCCUGGAUUGAAAUAUUUAAUUAAUGGUGAAUCUGAAUUAAUUUAAGAAGAAAAUAGAAUUGGAAAUGAGAAUAAUUAUUUUUAAAGUGUAAUUGAAAAAAAUUUGAAAGGAGUGUAAAAAAAAAUGGAUACUGUUAAAAAAGAGUUUUAAGAUAAAUAAAAGGAGAUUAGAUUUAGUAAUUAAGAAGAAAGAAAUAAAGUUAUUAUUGAAUUAGAAUAAUUAAAUUAAUAAUUAAAAGUUUCAGAUGAUAUUGGAAAUAAUAUUGAAGAAGCAUUCAAAAAGAUUUAAUCUUAUGUUAAUCAUAAAGAAUAUGAAUUCAAAAAUAAUAAAGAAGGUGAAAUUGUAACAAAAAAGUAAUUAGAUUUAAUAAUAUGUAGAAUAUAACUCUUAAAUUUAAUGAAAGAUAAUUUUUUCAAAAUGAUAAAAACAUAUUUUAAUAAUGCUUUUACAAUUGAAUUCUAUAAACUAUUUGAUAUGUAAAUGGAAACAUUAAAUUCAAAAGAAGUCUAAGAUGUUAAUGGAUUUUUAGAUUAUGUUGAUAGUAAAUGGAAAUAAGAUUAUAAAAAUCUAUAGACAUCCAUAGAAAAGUUUGUUCAAAAAUUACAUGAAGGACUUAAAUAUAUAAUUUAAUUACCAUUAUAAGAAGAGAAAGUAUUAUUUAUUAAAUAUAAUUUAGCCUUUAAAAUAAUAAAUUAUUAUUCCAUAAUUUGCUUCUCCAGCUAGAAAUCCAAUUUAAUAUCAAUAAUAACCAUAAUUUAUACCAUUAACACCUUUCAAUUAAGUACCAUCUUAAUAUUAAUUUCAUUAAUAAUAAAUACCAUUAACUGCCUAAAGAGUAUACUAAAAUCAGAAUUAAUUCCAUUCUGUUCCAGUUCCAAAGGCUGAAAUAGAAAACGAAUAUUUUGCUUAAUCAUAAAUAAUCUAUGAAGAGCCACAAAUGCGGAAUAAUACUAGACCUGAUUUUGUUAGUUAGAGUUUAUAAUAAUAUUAAUGA